GUUGCCCCAAAACUUUUGGUAUUUUUCUGUGUAUUUUUGUUACCAGAACCAAAACAUUCGUAAUGAAGAGGAGAGUAAUUAUAAAAAAGUGUAUCUGUCUGGCGCCCAACCCCCAACUCCUUGAACUUUGACACUGUCUUUCGAAAUUAACCCUUGUACUCGUGCUUUCUUUUGUGUUUUUGUCCAUAGUUAUUGUGAAAUAUGAAUGAAAAUGAUGCUGCGAAAAAGGUCGUUGGCAAGCGGAAUUCGGUGUCAUUCGAUCAACAGGAUCCUGGUCAACCCAGAUUCUGUUUCUCCGGUAGAGUUCAGGAACUAAUCGAGGGCUACAACUCCGUCGUACAGCUACUGGCGCCCAAGUGGCCCUGGUUUCUCUACCCCGGAUAUCUGACAUACGCCGUAUACUGGCGCUACGCCAAAUAUUACAAGGACAAGUUGCUGCUGACCCCCAUUCCGAAUCGCCUCUACGAUCUGCUGAUCAAGAACGAGCUGAUUAAGUCGGAGCACCUGGUGUUCGCUAGUCGGGAAGUCUACGACACCUACGCCGAGUCGCCAGACGUCAACUUUGUUAAUUUGGUCAUCGGCGGGGGGAGGGCUAGGAUCAGUAAGCAACAAAACGGCAAUGGAGGAUCUUCAUCCCAAACGGUUAUCAAGCAAAUGCUGCAGGAGGCUCCGCACACCAUUGUUGCCCAGAUACUGCCCUUGGCCCAAUGUCAACCGAAUUGUUUGUAUGUCCAGGAAAACUUCUAUGGCAACAUACUGGAUCGCUUUCGAGUCCGCUCUAACUGUUGGGUCCAGCUAGACCAUUUUGCCGAUGAGCAGACUAUUCCUGGAAUAGCAACCAAAGCUCAUGUUUACUUACUAACAGAUCCCCACGAAUUACCCGCUGAACUGUCCGAGAUCAUCCUAAGCAAUUACUUCAACACCCCCAGACUCCUGCAUCGUGGGCACACUUACCGAAUUGAAGUGAACGCCGAGUUGGUGGGCACUGCAACUUAUGCUCACUAUUACCUAAUACUUGCGAACCUACGUCAAGUGUACUUAAAGUGUAUUCACUUGGAAACUAAGGGCAGUGAGUUUGAGUUGCAAGCAGUUGUGGCCAAGAACUUUAGCAACUUGGUUCAAGUACCAUCAGCCCACAGUUUCCUGCCUCGUCAGGUGCUAGACAGCGUGGCUAUCGUGGAGAACUAUCCAAGUGGCUUGCGAAAGCCUUACAAAUUAUUGCGCUCAUCGGUGGAUGCCUUCCUGCCCAAGAAAUCAGCUUGCUUAUCCUCAAAGCACAUCUUUCCUGUAUUUCUGCUACAGGGCGAGCGAGGAUCUGGCAAGUCGAAGCUCGUAAAUGCCGUAGCUCAGGAGCUGGGAAUGCAUAUUUAUGGAGCGGAUUGCGCAGAGAUCGUUUCUCAGGUUCCCUCUCACACCGAAAUGAAGCUGAAGGCGGUCUUCGCCAAAAGCCAAAUCAGCGAACCGCUCUUGAUUUGUUUUCAUAACUUCGAGAUAUUUGGCAUAGACAACGAGGGCAACGAAGAUCUUCGCUUGCUUUCCGCUUUUCACGUUCAGGUACAGGAACUCUUCAAUCGGGAUCGCAAGCAUCCAAUUGUUGUGGUGGCUUUGACCAGCGACAAACAUCUUAAGCCGAUGAUUCAGGGUCUCUUCUUGGAGAUCAUAAACAUUGAGAUGCCCAGCAAGGAGGAGCGAUUUGAGAUACUACGUUGGAUGCACGUUCGCGAGACAUUUAACGAUGUAAUCCAUAACCAGAAGGCCAUCGAUCAAUUGCCCUUGUUUUCUCGUGAAAAUCAAUUGCGAUUCAUGCCUCGCGUAUCCCCCAGUUGGAGGGAAAGCCUGAAGGUACUGCAGGACGUGGCUGCCAAGUCGCAGGGAUUUCUGCUGGGCGACCUGCAGUUGCUCUACGACAGUGCAGUUCGCAUGAAGAUUCGCCAACGGUUAGGUAGGACCACUCUGGAUAUGUCCCACUUUGCCAAGAACCUAACUGAUAUGCAGAGUUCCUUUGCGGAUAGUUUGGGUGCGCCCAAGGUACCGAAGGUUUAUUGGUCGGACAUAGGUGGUUUAGCCAAGCUGAAGGAUGAGAUCCAGAGUAGCAUAGGCCUACCGCUAAAGCACGUUCACCUGAUGGGCAAGAACCUUAGAAGAUCGGGCAUCCUGCUCUACGGACCACCAGGAACUGGAAAAACCCUGGUGGCCAAGGCUGUGGCCACCGAGUGCAACCUUAGUUUCCUUUCCGUACAAGGUCCGGAGCUGCUGAACAUGUACGUUGGUCAGAGUGAACAGAAUGUUCGAGAGGUCUUCUCUCGUGCGCGGUCAGCUGCUCCUUGUGUGCUCUUCCUGGAUGAACUGGACUCCCUAGCUCCUAAUCGAGGUGUAGCGGGUGAUUCGGGUGGCGUUAUGGAUAGAGUGGUGUCGCAGCUUCUAGCUGAAAUGGAUGGUAUGAGCGAUGGCGAUACAAGUAAACCCAUUUUUAUACUGGCCGCUACCAAUCGCCCGGAUCUUAUUGACCCCGCCCUUUUGCGCCCCGGUCGCUUUGACAAGCUUUUCUACGUGGGCCCAUGCUCCACUGCCGAUGACAAGGCAGCCGUUCUACGUGCCCAGACCCAGCGCUUCGCCUUGGAUGCCGGUAUUGACAUGGACCAGAUUGCAGAGCGUCUGAAGAGUGAAAUGAGCGGUGCAGAUCUGUACUCGAUUUGCUCCAAUGCUUGGCUCUCUGCUGUAAGACGUACCAUAGACAGACACUUGAGUGGAGUGAUUACAGAAAAGGAGCUGGUGCCGGAGAACGUGAUCGUGGAGGCUGAAGACUUUACCAAGUCAUUUAACAAGUUCGUGCCCUCGAUUAGCUCAAAGGAUCUUGAGUAUUUCAACAACCUUAAGGCGUCAUACAGUGUUUAAUGUUCCCACAGAUCGUUAACUAGUUCUAAGAGUGAGUUUUUCAUAGAAAUGUUUCGUUAUUUUUCAAUAAACCCGUUGAUUGUUCACAAUU